GCUGAGAUAAAUCUUCACCAUACUUCCACUACUCACCGCAGAAAAAAAAAGGAUAACUAUUCCUCCCCUCUUGUACAUUCUCUUCCCUUCCUUUAUCUGCAGUAGUAUAAUUGUCUCCACUCAUCAGAUCCAUAUUGUCUCACCACAGUUUUUCUUACACGUUGCCUCCGGAUUCAUAUUCUGCAGGUUGUCUGUCAUCCGUGUCGAUUCCAAACCCAAAAAUACACCCCCACCACCACCACCACGAUAACCCUCUCAAACGUCAAGGGAUCUGGCUAUGUUAUCGUUGGCAUCAUAGGAUAAUAGGGGUUCUUUCAAGGUUGCGAACUACUCGCGCGUGGGCAACCUCGUGGCAGGAACGCGUACGGUUCGGCUUAAAGAGAGGGCAGGCUAGAACUCUUCCUCAAAGGUCUCGAAAUUACCUACCCACGGCUACGAGUCAAACACAUAGUCAACCUCUUUCGAAAUGGAUUCUCCUCAUAGACCUCAAAGUAAACAUCGAAAUCCUUCCCAAACUACGCAAAUGCCCGGACCUCAAAAAUUUACAUCGGAAGCUUCCCCGAGUCCCUUCAUUUCGAAUUCGAAAUUGGUGAAACAUAGUGUUGAGACUCGACACCCAAGUCAGACGGUUUCUUUAGGAUGGGAAGAUGGAGAUGAUGAAGGUGGACAUACAUCGAGGUUACAAGUGGAGUUGGAAGAUGUUAUAGAAACGAAAAUUGUUACUACCACCACUACGACCAAACGAUCUUAUCCUUCAUUACUCUUUCAAAACCCCCGAUCAGUUGAUAGCCUAGAUGCGAAGGAAUAUCCUUUAGCGUUUAAGCCAACGCCUCCCGAACUUACCAAGUUUUCAUAUGAACUUGACGGACAACAAAUGGAGUAUGAGGAAAAUGAUUUACAAAAUAUCAUGCACGAGGUUCGGAUUUUAAUUUUCUCAUACAUUUUCUUUGGACUUUGCGGUACUAAUCAUGGAAUUUUUCUAGAAUUUACAAAUGCAGCCUCUCCGUAACUUUCAUCGGCGUCAUCAAACGAGUGAGAAUCGUGGGCAGUUCAGAGAUGGGUCGGACAGAACAGAUCGAAUUGUCAGGUCCGAUGCAGAAACUAGCAAUUUGAAGAAAUCUUUGAAAUCGAAAGGAAUAUCCGAUUUUUUACUCGCCAGUAUUAAUUCAAGGCCUAGCAGCUCGCAGGCACAAGAAGUUUUCAAGAAUGAAGCCAGAGGUGCUGGUUCGACUGCCCACAAUGAGACUCGACGCCGGAACCUUGGUCUCGGUAUGCACCUAACCGAUUUGCCAGCUACACCCGAUAUGUCAGAAGUAGAUUUAUCCUCAGGAGAUGUCGCUCAAACACUACCUCCUCGGUUUCAAACCAGUGUAUACACCCCUCAAUCCAGGUUAAGUCAAAACGACUCAUUCGACAGCCUGGAAAGUCAAGAAAUCGCAAAUGACGAAACAUUCAAUAGAGCAGUUGCUACCCCCCCAAUUGCAGAAUCCGACCUUGAGGAGUCUAGUCUAGGUAUAAAUUUCGCGCAAGGACAGCGUCCACAUUUGAAUACUGCAGCUGCUCAAAAUGCAAGCCUUCCUAGCCCUGGCCUUUCGCCCGCUGCUACUUCCCCAACAUUCGACAAUGAUGACAAUGAUGACAGUGGUGAUAAUGGUGAUAGUCAGGAGAUAUUAGACGAGUACGCUCUUCAGGUAUCCGAGAAAGAUACAGCUCGAGACCGACGUAUCACAUCUACAGGAUUACACUCACAAAUUUCAACCGUUAUGGAGAUUGGCUCUAUGCUAGAUACUUUCGAUGCGAUGCCAAGUGAGUUAAAGACUCUUAUGAUGUAUCAGCUUAGUCGGAGGUGCUCAAAGAAGACUCUUCGGGCUGUUGCAGGGUUUGUCAAUCCUGCUUUGAUGUGUGAUUUCCUCGACGAGCUUCCCACUGAACUGAGCCUACAUAUUCUAAGUUAUCUGGACCACAAAGACCUUUGCCGAGCGGCUCAAGUUUCCAAACGAUGGAGAAAUGUCAUAGACUCGAAUGAAACAGGAUGGAAAGAACUCUUUGAUCGUGAUGGUUUCGUGCUCCAACCCGAAGAACUCGAGCGAGCAAUACGUCAAGGAUGGGCAUGGCAAGAUCCUUACGGACCAGAUGGUUAUGAAAAGGAUUUGAGCAUUAAAGACAAAUCAGUUAAUGGAGAAGUCUGUACACCUAGUAGUGGUAGCAAGGUUGAUACAACUAGAAGAUCUCGAGCUACCACUAAAAGAAAGAGGACCACAGGGAAUUUGGGAUCGGAACGCGCAAAGAGAAGAGCAAUAGGUAACGACGUUUCAACUAAAAAAUUAGAUGAAGUAUCCAAAUACCACAAAUCUGAAGGCCCGUUAGGCGCUGCUUGUGCUGCUGCUUUAGCGGUACCAAAUCCUGAAUUAGGUCUUCCAGGGUUACGAAAACUUCAUCUCUUCAAAUCUUUGUAUCGUCGUCACUAUUUUCUUCGUCAUAGCUGGACGAAUCGUGCCGUUGAACCUCAUCAUAUGGCAUUCAAAGCUCAUCCGUCACAUGUAAUUACAUGCCUUCAAUUUGAUGAUGAGAAAAUUUUAACAGGUAGUGAUGAUACAUGUAUUCAUGUCUACGAUACGAAAACUGGAGCUCUACGCAAAAAGCUUCAGGGACAUGAUGGAGGUGUUUGGGCUUUACAAUAUGAAGGAAAUGUUCUUGUUUCUGGAUCCACUGACCGUUCAGUAAGGGUAUGGGAUAUUGAAAAGGGUCUUUGCACUCAAGUUUUUCAUGGUCAUACAUCAACUGUACGAUGUUUACAAAUUCUUAUGCCAUCAGAAGCUGGAAAAACAGCAACUGGUCAACCUAUCAUGAUUCCCGAGCAACCCCUUAUUAUUACCGGUUCUCGUGACUCUCAACUACGCGUAUGGAAGCUACCAGCUCAAGGAGAUAAGCGAUACAUCCAAACAGGACCACCAACUAAUGAUGCUGAUUGCCCUUACUUUGUUCGAGUAUUAGCUGGUCAUACUCAUUCUGUUCGUGCUAUCGCUGCACAUCAAGAUACUUUAGUAAGUGGUAGUUACGACUGUACUGUGAGAGUAUGGAAGAUCUCAACCGGUGAAGUCUCACAUCGUCUACAAGGACAUACCGCAAAGGUAUAUAGCGUUGUUUUGGAUCAUAAUCGUAACAGAUGUAUCAGUGGUUCCAUGGAUACAUAUGUUAAGGUUUGGUCACUUGAGACUGGGUCCUGUUUAUUCACACUUGAAGGUCAUACAUCACUUGUUGGCCUUUUAGAUUUACGUGAUGAACGUCUUGUCUCAGCAGCAGCAGAUUCAACGUUACGAAUUUGGGAUCCAGAAAGUGGUGUUUGCAAGAGUACAUUGAGUGCACAUACAGGUGCCAUUACUUGUUUUCAACAUGAUGGACAAAAAGUUAUCUCUGGAUCAGAUCGUACUUUGAAGAUGUGGGAUGUUAAAACUGGUGAAUGCAUCAAGGACCUUUUGGGUGAUUUAAGUGGCGUUUGGCAAGUCAAAUUCGAUGAACGAAGAUGUGUUGCAGCUGUUCAACGUGAUAAUUUCACAUUUGUCGAGGUUAGUCAUAACAUUUGCAUAUUAAACUUGUCUUUUUUUCUAAUGAUUACUCCAGGUUCUUGAUUUCGGUGCAUCUAGAGAUGGUGUUCCAAAAUCCGAACGUGGUCAUCGUAUUUUAUUACCAAGCAUAGAAGAAACCGAAAGAAUCGUUGAAGUUGGUGAUAAUGCAAAUGCAUAAACGAAUGUAUGAAAUUUUAAACGUCUAAUGAAAUUUAAUUCCCGAGAAUGUAUGAAAUAGAAAUAGUCUUUUCAUAAAACUCAGACUCAUCGGGAAAAUGGCUAUGGCUAUGGGAAUGGGAAAGGGGAUGGGGUAUACCCUUUUUUAUUUGGCAGUUAUCUUUUGCUCUAUAUUCUCUUACAGUAUAUGUCUUUGAGGAUUAAAUCCUUAAUUUGACGGAUUUAUGGGGCGUUUUGGAGGAGAAGAGACAAUGGGAGUUUAAUAUGGUCUAUUAUUCAUUUUUGAAUGCAUAGCGAGGAAUUUCUUGUUUCUCUUUUUCAUUACCUACUGGGAGUUAGUCGAUUUUCUUCUCACAGGGCGUCUUCUUUUUCGUGUGUCGUCUCGUCUCGUCUCAUUUUUUUUCUCUGCUUUGACUUGACAUACACGAUAUGCUUCUUUGUUCUUUUUUGCAAUCUUAGUUCUUCGAGGUAAUCUUCCAUGCGUAUACGUAUAGUAUAGUAUAGUAUGGUAUAAGCUUGGCUUCAGCUGGCUUGAACUGGUUGUCUGGCAGGGUUUUCAUUCCUUCUUUGGGCGUGGAGAGGAAGGGGGUGAGGUGGCAAAGGAUAGAUUGUAGGGUUGGAAGUUCA